AUGUGGACCAACAGUAUCAACCAGGCCAAUAAGAUGGCCCUGCUUGCCUGGGCAAAAGAAACCGGCAUCAACCUGGUGCAGGUCAACGGGCAGAGGCGAUAUGGUGGCCCACCCCCAGGCUGGGUGGGCAACCCCCCGCCAGCUGGCACAGAGGUCUUCAUCGGGAAGCUGCCGCAGGACAUGUACGAGAACGUGUUGAUCCCACUCUUCCAGAGUGUGGGGAAGCUCUAUGAGUUUCGCCUCAUGAUGACCUUCAGCGGGCUCAACCGGGGCUUUGCCUACGCCAAGUACAGCAACCGGCGCAGCGCCAAGGAGGCCAUUGCUGCCUUCAACAACUUUGAGGUGCGGGAGGGCUGUGCCAUCGUGGUGUGCAAGAGCACGGAGAAGUGCGAGCUGAGCAUGGACGGCCUGGCUGCCUCGGUGAGCCAGCGGGAGCUGGAGGCCAUGCUGCGGCGGGUCACGGAGGGGGUCCUCAGCAUCACUCUGUAUGCCAGCCCUUGCCAAAAACGGGCCCAGCUUGCUGUGCUCAAAUACAGCUCGCACCAGGCUGCUGCUAUGGCCAAGAAGACCCUGAUGGAGGGGAACAUGAGGCUCGGUGGGCUGGAGAUAAGGGUGGACUGGCUGAACCCCAGUCUGAAGCAGAAACUGCAGUUGUGCAAGGAGAAGCUGUCAUCCAGCCGAGUGCAAGGGGGCAAGUCCCUGGGGGUCCCCAGGCAGGCGCCUCUGUCUCCAGUGCUGCGCAACGCGCUGGACCACCUGAACACCCUGUGCCAGAGGCAGUACCUGGGGACCCCCCUCUUCCUCACCAAGUGCGUCCAGGCAAACCGCAACGGGUGGCUGCGGUUCUGGUGCCGGGUGGUGAUCCCGGGCUGCCCGGUGCCGUUCAGUGGGUUCACGUGGGUCCGGCAGGAUGGGCCAGGCAGGAGUGGACAUGAAGAGGCGAAGGUGGUGGUGGCACUGCAGGUUCUCCGCAUGCUAGGUUCCUCCGAGCACCUCUUGAUGAGCCCUCAAGAGGUCUUUGAGUGCAUCCCUGAGCCAUUGCCCUGA